AUAGAAGUUUGGUCCUCGUCGGCCACCGUAUGAUGUCGUGGCGUUAGUGACAGUAGCAGAGCAACGGUUUCCUUCCAUUUCCAACCUUGUUCAGUGACCACCUUUUGUUUUAAACUUCAUAGACAUAUUGGCAAGUAUUAAUUUCAGAGGGUCGAAAUGAGGCGCGCCGGACUGGGUGAAGGAAGCUCUGGACAUUAUGGAGGCAGCGGCUACAGCGUGUAUGAGGACGAAAAUGAGCAGCUUCAGGAGGGACUGAGGGCUAAAGUGGGCGCCCUGAAAAGUUUGACGAUAGACAUUGGAGCUGAAGUGAAGUACCAGAAUAAAAUGUUGGAAGAUAUGGACUCCGACUUUGACUCUACAGGCGGGCUGCUGGGGGCGACUAUCGGCCGAGUCAAACGGCUGUCCAGAGGCAGCCAGACCAAACUGCUUUGCUACAUGCUGCUCUUUUGCUUUUUUGUCUUCUUUGUUCUUUACUGGUAUAUUAAAUUGAGGUGAUAAGGGCUUCCGUUCGAACUUUGACCUUCAGUUCCACAUCUUUAGUUCCUGUCUGAUUCAUCCGUGAACAAGCCCCGAUCAAUGAUGAUGAAUUAGAGGAAGUGUUAAAAGUUUAAAUAAUUCAAUAUGAGUUUCUUGUCUGAGUCUCUGCAGUUGCAAAAGGGCUGAUUCUUCCUGAAAGAAGUAUGAACCAAUUUAUUAAUGUAAAAAAAAAUCUAAAAUUAUAUUUUCUACACCUGAAGCCAUUUGAAUUCAUCAGUAGUUCGGAACUGCCUAAUCUAUAGUAAUAGAGCAAGAUUUGACAGGUAACACUGUUAAUAACCUUAAUGCCGUUCGUUAAAACAUACAAUUGAAUAGCUUUGGCAAAACUGACCAUGCGGUGCAUGUUUAAAGUCAAUUUUAAUUGUAAAUAACAUUCAGAACAUGCGAUUUACCAUAGGUAUUUAUGGUAGGCUUAAAAAAUUAUAUACUGUCAUCAGUUAUGUCUUUGCUUCAGGUUUAAUGUAAAAAGGUUUUUGUAAAUAAACAAAUUUUAUGUUCUG